AUGUUGGAUGUUUCGAGGAAUACGAUGGACAAGAUCACUUCCCAGAACCCUCAACAAAUAAUGGAGGGCCUGUCCGAUUUGGCAAGCAAAUCGCGUAACGAACUAGCUGCGCGUUUCACGGCUUUACAAGCAACGAUGGAGUCGUAUUCGAAAGUUGAUAUCACGAAUCAUGUAGUAUCCCAUAUGGUCGACAGCGUCCGACCCGCUAAUCUGGCGGAGUCUAUCAGCGAAGGAAGCAGCAGUUUGCAAGAGACCGUUGCUGUGUACACAAAAACUGUCAGGGAUAUGCUGCCCCCAAUGGACAAGAUCUAUGAACUAAUCGCGUCAACGUUUGACGUGUCCGCGAAGAUGGAUCAACUCAAAGCCAUCCGCCUCCAGGAUAUUUCUCCCGGAAAAACCGUUCAAGACCUCGCCGAAUUCAGCGACCUUUCCGGAGCCUUCGAAACCCUGAGGCAACGCGUUACAUCUGUAUUGGAACCAGUAGUUCAUGCUGUCGCCUCUAUGGAUCUACAACAGAAGUUCAACGACUUCACCCAGCGGCUUUAA